AUGGCUUCCAAGAAAAUCUCUUUUCUCUUCCUCAUCUCACUCUACUUCGCCGGCCGCGGUACGACAACCCUCGCCGCUCGCCGUUUGCUCGACUCUCCGGUGGUGGAGUUGCCUCCUCUGCCUUCAAUCCCUGCUCUGCCGAAAUUCGCGUUUCCUCCACUGCCACACGGCUGGGAUCUCCCAAAACCGGCGUGGCCGCCGCUUCCCAAAGUUCCUAGCUUUCCGAAGCCAGCUUUUCCUCCAGUGAUCACCGGAGCGAAUCCUUUCCCACUUCCACCGUCCGAGUGCCCUCCGCUGCCCAAAGUUCCGAGCUUGCCGAAGCCGGAGGUGCCGCCGUUUCCCAAAGCAAUUCCGCCUGUGAUCGCCGGAGUUCCGGCUCCCCCGAAUCUUCUCCCAUUUCCGCCGCCUCUGCCCAAAGCUCCGAACUUGUAUUAA